AGCCCCUCCGGCCACGCCAUGGGCGCAGCAGGCGUGUACUACGUCAUGGUGACAGCCCUCCUCUCUGCUGCCAUGGGGAAGAAGCACCUGAGGACGCUUAAAUACUGCGGCCGGGGGAAGCAGGGCCAGCAGCUGCCCUUCCGCCUGGGCUGCGUCGCCGCCUCCCUCCUCGUCCUACACCUCUUCGAUGCCUUCAAGCCGCCCGCCCACAUGCAGCUGCUCUUCUACAUGCUCUCCUUCUGCAAGAGCGCAGCCGUGCCGCUGGCCACUGUUGGCCUCAUCCCCUACUGUGUCUCCCAGCUCCUGGCCAUGCAGGACAAGAAAGCUGUCUAG